AUGCCCAAAAAAACUGUAUCAGAUAGGGGUAGAGUUUUCAACAACAAAUUCCUAAGGGCCCUAUACAAAUGGCUAGGAAUAGACCCUCACUGCUCCUCAGCGUAUCACCCACAAAGCAACGGACAAACAGAACAAGUAAACCCUUCCAUUGAGCAUUUCCUCAGGGCGUAUUCUGGCAUUAAUCAACAGGAUUGGACAAAAUGGCUUCCCAUGGCAGAAUUUGCUUAUAAUAACGCCAUACACAGCAGCACCAGAAAAACCCUGUUCAAAGCCUUAUAUGGAUGGGAACCUUCCUUGACCCCAUCCAAUGUGCCAACAGAUGUCCCCAAAGCCAACAAACUAGCCCAAACCAUGGAAGCUCAGUGGAAGGAAGUGGAAGCAGCCCUUUGGCAAUCUAAGAUAAAGAUGACUGCUGGAGAGGAAGGAAGCCCAACAAUAUUUGAAAUAGGAGAAGAAGUAUGGCUUGACGCCAAAAACGUCAACCUCAAGACCCUAAGUCCCAAGCUAAUGGAACAAUGCUUAGGACCAUUCAAGGUCAUUGAAAAAAUCUUUAACCAAGCAUACAGGCUUGAACUUCCUCCAACUAUGUGCAUACACAAUGUUUUCUACGUAGGGCUCCUGUCAAAAGUCAAAAGGGAUGACAAAUGCACCUUUGAAAGCCAACCACCACCAAUCACUGUGGAUGGUGAAGAGGAGUAUGAGGUAGAAGGGAUAAUGGACAUGGAAGAAAGAAACAGGAAAUGGUUCUUCAGAGUCAAAUGGAAAGGCUAUGGACCAGAGGAAAAUACAUGGGAACCCCAAGAAAACCUCAAAAAUGUGGAAAAAUUUUUGAAGAAGUAUGAGGAAGGAAUAAGAAAGAAGGGCCUUGGCAGCGCCAAGGCCCUUAGAGGGGGGGCAGUGUUGUAG